AUGAACCACACCUCUGCUUCUAUGUCAGAGUUUAUGCUCCACUGUGCCAUGGACUCCCAGCAGAUAAUUUACACAACUCCUCUCCUCACAAUGGUCUACUUAGUGACGCUGUUUGGAAACUUCCUGGUAAUUCUGGCCAUAACGAUGAAUCACAAUUUGCAGACACCAAUGAAUAUUUGCAUUGCUACCUUAGCAGUGAUUGACUUGGCGGGCAGCACUAACAUCGUCCCUAAAGUGAUUGCCGUUCUUUUGGACUCAUCGUCUAUUCCUUAUGGGCUUUGCUUACUUCAGAUGCUCUUGGUGUUGUAUUUGGAAGGAAUGGAGUCUCUUCUCUUGGCUCUCAUGGCGUGUGACCGCUAUGUAGCUGUUAUCCAUCCACUUCGAUAUCCUUCUCUUAUAACUAAUAAAGUAGCUUGGGCUGCAAUUUUGCUUUUACUUUUAAUUUCCACUGUAUUUAUUAUGCCAUAUAUCCUUUUUGUCACAGAGUUUUCAUUCUGUAAAACAAAUGUGCUGAACUACUGUUUCUGUGAUUAUAUUACAAUGGUUAAGUUAGCUUGCAAUGAAGAUCCGAAAUAUUUGAUUAUGCUUUCCGCUGUAUCGGUUGUUUUUGGUGCUGGUCCAUUUGCAUUCAUUAUACUUUCCUACCUCAGGAUUGCAUAUGCUGCACUGAAAAUUGCGUCUAUUCAAGGGAAAAAAAAGGUUUUUAACACUUUAAGUAGUCACCUGCUUGUGGUCGGACUGUUCAAUAUACCUUUAUUAACAUCCUACUUAUUGCCCGGAACUGGAGUGAAGCUGACCACCGAAGCUUACAACACUAUGGUCAUUGUAUCCAUUAUCGUCCCACCAAUGUUGAACCCCAUAAUAUACAGCUUCAGAAACAAGGAGAUAAAAACUGGCAUCUGUACUUUUAUAAAAGGGAUAAAGGCCGGUCCAGAAAUCAUCCGUAACUGA